CUUUUUCAUGACAUGGACAGGAAUCAGUAUUGGCUCCAAAGUCUUUCUUCUGCCCACAUUUUAUACGCUGCUUAUCUCAAGCUCUGAGAAACUAUUUCUACACCUUGCCCUUCUACUAGAACAGUGCUUCUCAGUGGUGGUCUUUGGGCAGGUCCUGGUCCCUUAACCAUCUGCCAAUCCUUGGAGAGCUUCUUGGCAAGAAAACAACAAGUAUACCCAUUGGACCAAAAUAUGGCACUGGUCCCUGGUACACUGCUGAAAAAUGCCAUCUUCCCACAUCUCCUAGCUUAAGAAGCACUGUGCUAUGUGAUAUAUCUGCUGGAUCCUAAUGCCUCAGUGUUUCACCUUGUUUCUCCUACUACAUAUCCACAAAUGCCUUUGUAGUGAGAGAUGCAUUUGCAAUGAGAGAUGUUUCCUGAUCACAGCAAGUUUAAUAGUCAUAUGUAUGUGUUCUGCUGUCACUUUGGAAGGAAAAAAACAGGCUUUGUAUUUUUUUUAAAGUAAAGCAAUGCACUCUUUUUUUAGGAGCUACUGAAAGUGGGGAAAUGGUCUGUACAAUAUGCCAGGAAGAAUAUUCAGAAGCACCCAAUGAAAUAGUUAUUUGUGAUAAGUGUGGCCAAGGUUAUCAUCAGCUGUGUCACACACCAAAUAUUGAUUCUAGUGUGAUAGAUUCAGACGAUAAAUGGCUGUGCCGGCAGUGUGUCUUUGCAACAACAACAAAGAGAGGGGGCGCACUUAAGAAAGGACCAAAUGCCAAAGCACUGCAAGUCAUGAAGCAAACAUUGCCUUACAAUGUAGCCGACCUUGAAUGGGAUGCAGGCCAUAAAACCAAUGCCCAACAGUGUUACUGCUACUGUGGAGGUCCUGGAGAUUGGUAUUUAAAGAUGUUACAGUGCUGCAAAUGUAAACAGUGGUUUCAUGAGGCUUGUGUGCAGUGCCUCCAAAAGCCAAUGCUUUACGGUGACAGGUUUUAUACAUUUGUUUGUUCAGUUUGUAGUUCUGGACCAGAAUACCUCAAACGUUUACCCUUGCAAUGGGUAGAUAUAGCACAUCUAUGCCUUUACAACCUAAGUGUUAUUCACAAAAAGAAAUAUUUUGAUUCAGAGCUUGAACUCAUGACCUAUAUUAAUGAAAACUGGGACCGACUCCACCCUGGUGAAGUAAGUGGUUGAUAUGUUCAUAUUGGUCAUGUGUAUUCUCUCAUCUAGAAAGUCAAACUACUGUAUUCGUAAAUGAUUUUUUUUAAAAAAAAGUUUAAUCAGCAACAUUAGUAUUGAAAUCCAAAGAUUUGUACAUGCACACUGUUGGCUAUAGAAGGCAAACAAGUUUGAGUUCUAUAGUCAACAGUGGCAAGUUGUGGGUGUGCCCUAUAGCAUGUGUCAUGACCUAAUGUUCAUAUUCAUAUUUGAAAAUUAUGCUACAUUAGUGCAUUUUUGUUGCAUCUUAAUCUGUUGAACUGCAUGUUAGAAAAAACAGGUCUGAUACUCUAUAAUUUAGUUUGUGUUGAGUGCUCUCUCUAUCUUUAAUGUGAAAUAAAAUUUACCCUAUAACCAAAGAGUGUGUUAUAGUACUGCUG